AUGCACGGCAAGAUCAUCUUCUACGAGGACAAGAACUUCCAGGGUCGCUCCUAUGAGACCAGCAGCGACUGCGCUGACAUGGCCUCCCACCUGAGCAGGUGUCACUCCUGCAAGGUGGAGUGCGGCUGCUUCAUGGUCUACGACCGCCCCAACUACAUGGGUCAGCAGCACUUCCUGAGGAGAGGAGAGUACUCCGACUACCAGCGCAUGAUGGGUUUCGGUGACUGCAUCAGGUCCUGCCGUAACAUCCCCAUGCACAAGGGCUCCUACAGAGUGAGGCUCUACGAGAGGGAGAACUUCGGUGGUCAGAGUCACGAGCUGAUGGAGGACUGUGACAACAUCCAGGACCGUUACCACAUGUCCGAGUGCCAGUCCUGCAACGUGAUGGACGGCCACUGGCUGAUGUAUGAGCAGCCCCAGUACAGAGGCAAGAUGAUGUACCUGAGACCCGGAGAGCACAAGAGCUUCAGGGACAUGGGAUACGAUGGAAUGAGAUUCAGCUCCAUCAGACGCAUCACUGACUCCUGUUAA